AAACAGAUCCGGUCAAGGAAAUAAAAAAAAAGGAAAUAAUUAACAGCCGAAGAAUCAGCCAGCUCAAGAGUGAAGCCUGUUUCCUCAGUAGUCUCUGUACUCCAGUUAGGUUUCUGUAGUUGAUUCCUGGGUUGUUCUGGAUUGUGAGUGAGAAUCAUGACGUAUGCGUCUCAUCUGCUCAGACACUCCAAAAAGUUGAGGAAUGCUCCAGACCUACUACAAACUGACCCUGUCAUUCUGGUUCGUUGGUUCUCAAAAGCUGCUUGCCCUUCCACCAAUAGCAGAGAUGAUCUUCUAAGGAAUUAUCAACAGGGUUAUUUGCCUGUAAAGAAAGAUGGAAGUUUCUAUUCUUCCAUUGGUGGCACUCCAAGUACAAUCAGCAGGUUCAACUACAGUUGUAUAGCAGACUGUCCUGACUUCUCCAAGUCACCUUUUGUAGGUGAACACAAAGGAAAACUUUCAAGAACAAUGAAAAUGGACAUUCCAGUGGUUGGCACAGUUUUCAACAAAGGCUUUUCGGGUUCACAAGCAUGCCGGCGAAGAUCUUUUUCAACAGCUUCAGAGCUUCCUCCACAUCAAGAACUUGGAAUGCCUUCCCUCUCUCCUACAAUGACAGAGGGUAACAUUGCACGGUGGUUGAAGAAAGAAGGUGAUAAGGUUUCUCCUGGUGAGGUGCUCUGUGAAGUCGAAACUGAUAAAGCAACGGUUGAGAUGGAAUGCAUGGAGGAAGGGUAUAUUGCAAAGAUAAUACAUGGUGAUGGCUCAAAAGAGAUAAAAGUUGGUGAGGUGAUUGCCAUAACUGUUGAAGAAGAGGGUGAUAUUGCAAAAUUCAAAGAUUACAAACCUUCAAAAUCUGGUGAUGCUGAGGUAGUUAAAAAGCCAGCUGAUUCCGCUCCACCAAAAAAAGAGGUGGUUGAAGAGCCUCUUGAAUCAUCUGGGCCCAAGAUUUCUAAGACUAGUGGAACUCCUCCAGCAGAAGAUCGCAUUUUUGCCAGUCCUCUUGCAAGAAAAAUGGCAGAAGAUCACAAUAUACCUCUUUCAAGCAUCAAAGGGACUGGUCCUGAUGGACGCAUUGUAAAAGCUGAUAUUGAAGAUUAUUUGGCUUCCAGCGGAAAGGAUUUUCCAGCUCCAGUCUCCAAGACCAAGGACACAGCAGUAGCAGAAACAAUGGACUACACUGACCUUCCACACUCUCAGAUAAGAAAAGUCACAGCUUCACGCUUGCUACUCUCAAAACAAACUAUUCCUCAUUACUACUUGACAGUGGACACAUGUGUGGACAAACUUAUGGAUUUGCGCAGCCAACUUAAUUCUCUACAAGAAGCUUCAGGUGGGAAGCGUAUAUCAGUUAAUGAUCUUGUCAUAAAGGCUGCAGCUUUGGCCCUCCGCAAAGUUCCUCAGUGCAAUAGUUCAUGGAACAAUGACUACAUCCGCCAGUACCACAAUGUGAAUAUCAAUGUGGCUGUGCAGACCGAUAAUGGGUUGUAUGUCCCUGUCAUCAGGGAUGCUGACAAGAAGGGAUUAUCUAAAAUUGCUGAAGAAGUCAAGCAUUUGGCGCAAAAGGCCAAGGAGAACAAUUUGAAACCAGAGGACUAUGAGGGAGGUACAUUUACUGUUUCAAAUUUGGGAGGGCCCUUUGGCAUCAAGCAGUUCUGUGCAAUCAUCAAUCCUCCACAAUCUGGAAUUCUUGCUGUAGGGUCAGCUGAGAGGAGGGUGGUACCUGGUAAUGGGCCUGAACAGUUUAAGUUUGCUUCCUUUAUGUCAGUUACACUAAGCUGUGAUCACCGUGUGAUUGAUGGUGCAAUUGGCGCAGAAUGGUUGAAAGCAUUCAAAGGCUACAUUGAGAAUCCAGAGUCCAUGUUGCUUUAAUUGAUCAUUUUUUUCCCAGAGAAUUUUGUUGGCUGUCAAUCCAAAUAAGGGACUUAAUGCGAUCCCAACUUUGGUUGGUUCUUUUCCCAAGUUUAAAACUGUUUGGCUGGAUUCAAUCAUGGAGCACCUUUCCUCGAGGAUUGCUUGCCCUAGAGGGGGAUGAGGCACCGAAUUGUGGUGAUGUUGAAAUGAACUCAUUUUUUUGCUGUAUAGAGUGUAAUGACCAAGACGGACCCCCCACCCCCAACUUCUAAUAAGCAAUUUAAAAGCUGUAACUUAGAAAUCUUACUUUAA